AUGGCCCCAGUCAGAAGAGAAGGGGCCUCCGCUCUGGUCAUGGCUCUGGGUUUUUUGCUUUGCUGCGGCUGGGCACCGGCCCAGACCACACGGACUAACGCGGUGCUGAUAGGAACAAAGCCUCAAGAGCAGGGGGCUGUAUCCCAUGGCAGGGUGAAAAGGGGCUGGGUUUGGAACCAGUUCUUUGUGGUGGAGGAGUACAUGGGAACGGAGCCACUCUACGUUGGAAAGAUACACUCAGACUCUGACCAAGGAGACGGUGCCAUCAAGUACACUAUAUCGGGCGAGGGGGCGGGCUCUAUCUUCAUCAUCGACGAGGUCACAGGCGACAUCCACGCCACGGAGAGGCUGGACCGCGAGGAGAAGGCGUUCUACACGUUACGAGCUCAGGCCAUAGACCGCCACACUGGCGAACUGCUCGAACUCGAGUCGGCCUUCGUCAUCAAGGUCCAGGACAUCAACGACAGCGAGCCCAAGUUCCUGGAGGGGCCGUACAUCGGGAGUGUGGCCGAGCUGUCUCCUAUCGGGACUUCUGUGAUGAAAGUGACUGCCUCUGAUGCAGAUGACCCUACCUACGGAAGCAGUGCCCGAGUGGUCUACAGUGUUCUAGACGGGGAGAAGUUCUUCACUGUGGACAGAAACACUGGUAUGAUCCGGACAGCAGUGGCGGAUCUCGACCGGGAAACGCAAGACCGCUACGAGCUGGUUGUCAAGGCGACAGACAUGGCAGGCCAGAUGGGCGGUCUCUCUGGUUCCACGACGGUGACCAUAGUGAUCACUGAUGUUAAUGACAACCCGCCGCGUUUCCCGCAGAAGAUGUACCAGUUUUCGGUUUCUGAGGGGGCUGCGGUUGGGACCCCGGUUGGGCGAGUCAUUGCCACGGAUGCGGACAUGGGCGAGAACACAGACAUGAGCUACGUGAUUAAGGACGAGGAAGGAGGAGAGCUAUUCCGUGUUUCCACUGACAGCAAUACACAAGAAGCUGUCAUAUCCAUUAAAAAGCCCCUGGAUUUUGAGAAAAAGCGCACGCACAACGUGGUGGUAGAGGCAGUGAAUAAACACGUGGACCCUCGUUUCCUGGACUUGGGUUCCUUCCGUGACCAGACCAUUGUCAGGGUCAGCGUAUCGGAUGCAGACGAGCCGCCCAUAUUCUUCCCGCCCACUGGUGCUACCAUGGAGGUGCAGGAGGACGCUCGGCUGGGGGCUCUGGUGGGCAUCGUGACUGCCAAGGAUCCGGACAUCGAGAAUGCUCCCAUCAGAUACUCAAUCGACCGCAGCACAGACCAGGACCAGAUCUUUAACAUCGACCCCGUGACCGGUGCCAUCACCUUGGGGCAGAUUCUGGACCGGGAGACGGCCGGUUGGCACAACAUCACCGUGAUGGCAGUGGAAGCAGAUAACCUGUCCAUGGCCUCUCACACCUCAGUGAGUAUCCGGAUCCUAGACGUCAAUGAUAACCCUCCUGAACUGGCCACUCCGUAUGAGGCCUCUAUCUGUGAGGACGCCAAACCUGGUCAGCUCAUUCACACCAUCAGUGUGGUGGACAGGGACGAGCCACAGUCUGGACAUCGUUUUUACUUCACCUUGGCUCCUGAGGCCUCCAACAACCGCCACUUCACCCUGUGGGAUGUCAAAGAUAACACAGCGGGCAUUAGGACCCAGCGGUCUGGGUUUAACCGUCAGGAGCAGAACAUCUACCUGCUCCCCAUCCUGGUGGUAGACAGCGGACCUCCUGCCCUCAGCAGCACGGGCACGCUCACCAUCCACGUGUGCGGAUGUGACACGGACGGAGCCAUCCAGUCCUGCAACGCCACAGCCUACGUCAUGUCUGCGGCCCUGAGCCCCGGUGCUCUCAUCGCUCUCCUCGUCUGCGUACUAAUCCUCAUCGUGCUGGUUCUUUUGAUCCUGACUCUUAAACGGCACAGAAAGGGUCAGCGCAUAUCCGAGGAUGAGGAGGAUAUGAGAGACAAUGUCAUUAAGUACAAUGACGAAGGUGGGGGAGAGCAGGACACACAGGCCUAUGACAUGAGUGCCCUUCGUAGCCUCUACGACUUCCCAGAAGUCAAGAACUCAGAUUCAGGCUCGGAGUUACGCGCCCUCCCUCAGUGGAUCCAGGGCCGGGUGUCUGGUGAUGGAGGAGCGGCUGACUUCUCCCUGUUCAAAGGUUACAUCUGCAAGAAGGUGGAGCAGGCUGACGCUGACCUGUCCGUGCCGCCCUAUGACUCUUUCCAGACGUACGCUUUCGAGGGCUCCAGUUCGCCCGCUCUCUCGCUAAGCUCCAUCCAUACCCUGUCCACCAUUUCAGAGCAGGACUUCUCCUACCUCAGUGACUGGGGGCCCCGUUUCAGGCAGCUGGCUGGAUACUAUGCUCCCCAGGCGGGACAGCCUGAGGAGGAAGGCUCCUAG